GCAGGCAGCGGGCAGAUCCAGCUGUGGCAGUUCCUGCUGGAGCUGCUGUCGGACGCGGCUAACGCGCACUGCAUCACGUGGGAGGGCACGCGCGGCAAGUUCAAGCUCACUGACCCCGAUGAAGUGGCGCGCCAUUGGGGAGCGCGCAAGGCCAAGCCCAACAUGAACUACGACAAGCUGAGCCGCGCUCUGCGCUACUACUACGACAAAAACAUCAUGAGCAAGGUGCACGGCAAGCGCUACGCCUACCGCUUCGACUUCCAGGGCUUGGCUCAGGCGUGCCAGGCUCCGGUUCCGGACCCCACCGCCUACAAACUCCAGUCCGCGCUCACCCCGCUCCACUUCGCCUCCAGCUUCCACAAGCUCAACCUGGUCAGUGGGGCCGCCCCGGUCUCUCCUCCCGCGCAGUUCACCUACCCGUGGGUCCACCAUCACCACCACCACCAUCACCACCACCAGCAGCACCUGCAGCAGCAGCAGCAGCAGCACCAGCAGCACCAGCAGGCAAUCGUCUCUUCAGCUUCCGGCUCAUCAGCUCUCGGUGUCCCGGGCUGUCACAUCGGGUCCCCGACCUCCUCAUCCUCAUCAUCGCCGGCCUCCUCUGCUGCCGCGGUCGCUGCUGCCGCCGCUGCGGCCGCCGCCGCCGCCGCCGCCUCCUCGCACCUGGCUCUGCAGCCGUCCCACCUGUUCGGGGGCCUGGCGUGCGCGUCGCACCUGGGCGCGUCGUCGUCCCACCUGGGCACGUCUCACCUGGGAGCGUACUCAUUUGAGGCGGAGUCCACCUAG